AUGACAGAGGGCGUCGCCGCCAAAAAGCAGCCGGCCCCUGCCGUGGCCACGACGGGCGGCGGCGGCGGCGGCGCCUUGUCCCACGCGCUCCACGAGCGCGUCCUCGCGCCGCUGGUGUGCGCCUCUUUCGUCGGCGCGAUACUCGCGUCGACGCUGCUGUGCAACGCGGCGGUCGCCGCGGUGCUGCUGUGGCCGCGCUGGGCGCCCGGCUGGACGCUGCUGGCGCUCAUGGCCGCGCUGGCGCUCUCGCCCAUUGGCGGCGACACGCCGCGCUGGGCGGCCGCAUACAUCUCUUACGCCUGCCGUGCGGCUGCCGGGUACUUCUCCGCCACCCUCGUCCUGGAAGACGAGGGGGCGAUCGCCGCAGACAGGCCCUACAUCAUAGCCCUGGAGCCGCAUUCCGCGCUGCCCACUGGCGUGCCCGUCGCGUUUGGCACCUACUCCGCGCUGCUGCCGCCCUCGCUGCAGGGCCGGACGCACGGCCUCGUCUCCUCGGUUUGCUUCAAGUUCCCUAUCGUGCGCCAGCUGUACCGCUGGUGGGGCUUCCGGCCUAUCACCAAGGGCAGCAUGCGACGCCUGCUGGCCGCGGGCAGGGCGGUGGUGCUGGUGCCGGGCGGUGUGCAGGAGUGCCUGGUGAUGGAGCAUGAGGGGGUGGAGGUGGCGUUCCUGCGGUGA